UCUGCUGGCGACUCACACACUCUGGGUGGGUAGGUAGACCAGACCAGUGCAACAAACUGUGCCAUUCUCUAUGGAAGGGGCUAGAGGUCAUCAUUGAGCUAAGGAGAGCAAGGUUGAGACUAGGAGCUUUGGCUAUGUUGGUUUGACUGGCUAGUAAAGAGCUGCUGAGAUGGGAAAAGUUGAUGAUGGUGUCAAGCGAGAGAUUGUCAGCGCUAACCUGGAAGUGAUUAGUGAAGAAAGUUUUGUCAGAAGACUAGAGGGCAUGAGCUGUGCCAACUGUCAAAGACAUCGUCAGCAGCGCAGCAAAGUGAGCAGGAAGGGCAAGAGCAGCAGACGCAAGCAGCAAUGCAAGUCCAAGAGCCCAAUCGUCAUCCAUCUCAAGGACACACUGCCCCUAAAGCAGAGACAGUCCAGCCUGGAUGGAGACUCGGAUGUAUCCACACGAUCCACAGAUGAAGAGCAGUACCUGACUCAGGUCAAGCUUCCCAGCCACAAAAAGACAAUUUAUGGAGAUGUUGCAUCCAUUCCAGAAUUUGUUCCUCAAUACAAACACCACUUCCACCAGCCAUGGGCCCAGCCCAGAAUGUUCCCCACUCCACCCACUUGUCUUAGAUCACCUUAUCAUCAUCUUCAAUCCACUGUCCAGAAAGCUCAAGAAAAAUCUAGAAAGAAUUUGUCCACGCUAAUAUCUGUUCUAGAGAAAGCCCAGAGAAAAGAAUCUUCCGACCCAAACCUGAGCAGCAACUGGAGCCAAGGCAAGUGUUGCCAGAUUUUAAACAACCUCUCCCUGGCCAGCGAGGCCAAGCGCAACAUCAUGUCAGACUGUGAGAAUGUGGAGCUCAUCUGCAAUGAUCUCAGUGGGGACAAGCUGGCAGAGAGCACAGAUGGGGAUUCUGAUAGCAGCGACAAACUUUCUGUCCUAUCCAGUUCAGACAUGUCAGAUGUAGGGGAGCAGGUCAAGGGCAGAGCUUGUAUCGUGUCAAGGUCAGGGGAGCAGGUCAAGGGCAGAGCUUGUGUCGUGUCAAGGUCAGGGGAGCAGGUCAAGUUAACACCAGAUGAGCUAGAACUGCUAGCAGAGUUCACAACUGGUCCUCCCCUCAUGUGUAUCUCCCCCCACACGUGUAUCUCCCCCCACACGUGUAUCUCCCCCCACAAGUGUAUCUCCCCCCACAAGUGUAGCUCCCCCCACAAGUGUAGCUCCCCCCACACUUGCUGCAGAUACCAGCAGACUGAGGGCUACCCCAGAAAGUCAUCCAUCCAUUCCACUGACUACAACAAAACUCACUCGACCAGUGCUGAGUACAGUCAGCUUGGAGAGACAACACAACACAAGGCAGCAAGAGGAUCUAUCUCAUCCGACUCUGAAGCCUCCUCUGAUGUUGAGAGCACCUCAAGCUCCUCCUCCGGCAGUCCAGCUCCAGCGUGUCUCAGCUCACAGCACACAGCAGGGCAUCUGUCCAAGCCAGCUGGAGUCCACAGCUCCAGGUACCACUGGAGCAAACAGGAGAUCCAGCCAGACAAGUCAGGCAGCUGGAGAGGCCAGCUCUGGGAUCAUGAGAGAGUGCCAGUAACUGAGAGUGUCUACAUGGACCUGACUGGGCUGGGCAUGAGCAUUUCUGUCAUGUACCAUAACCAGCCUUACACAGGACCGUCCUGGCCUUACCUCGGCCAAACGUGGCCUUACUCUGGCCAUAGCCAGCCACCAUUAUGGCCUUACCCUGUCCAGAGCCUGUCCCUGUACAGCCCGAGUCUGCCUGUGAUGUACCCCCACAGGCCAGACUACUUUUUACCCCUAGAUUUUAAAAAGUAUGAGAUGUCCAUGCCUCCAAACAGACCUUGGAUAACAACAGGAGAGGCUGACAAAGACGUGCCUGCAGCUGUGUUCUCAGUGAUGUGCUACAAUGUCCUGUGUGACAAGCUCUGUACCAAGGCCAUGUACGCCUACUGUCCCACUUGGGCUCUCAGCUGGGACUACAGGAAAAAGGGCAUCAUGAACGACAUUACCAGGGGAAACGCUGACAUCAUCACAUUACAGGAAGUGGAAACAGAGCAAUAUUAUAGCAUGUUUUUUCCUGAACUUUGUGCACAUGGCUAUGAUGGGAUUUUUCUGCCCAAAUCACGAGUCAGGACCAUGAACUCAGACAAGGAGAAGAAAUGUGUUGAUGGUUGUGCCAUAUUUUUCAAAAAGAACAAGUUUGAGAAAGUCAACGAGUACCAAAUAGAAUUCAGCCAGCUGGCCACAAAGGAGGGAGCAUCUAACACAGACACAGAUAUGAUCAACCGGGUCAGCACUAAAGACAACAUCGCAAUAGUGGCUGUACUUAGGACUAGGCCUGAUGUCUAUCAGAACAGCCCAGUUCCAGCCCCCAAAGGUUUGACGCAGAUGCUGAUGGUGUCUACUGCUCACAUCCACUGGGACCCCCAGUCCCCUGAUGUCAAGCUGGUGCAGACCAUGAUGCUGAUAGAGGAACUACAAAAAUUUGUCAAGGAAGCCUCAGUGCAAUUUCGACCCAAUGCACCUCCUCCUUCAUUAGAUGCAGAUCUGUGUAACAGCAUGCCUCUCAUUCUGUGUGGGGAUUUUAACUCCUUACCUGACUCAGGUGUCUAUGAGUUCUUGUCCAAAGGUCGACUCGACACCAGUCACAAGGAUUUUGAGGGUCAAAAUUAUCCUGUUUUUAUGAAAGAUAGAAAUGCAAAUGGUAUCAUCACCCACAACUUUAAUUUAACCAGUGCAUACAAAGAUGUUAUACCCUUCACAAACUACACAUUUGACUUUAAAGGCAUCAUAGACUACAUCUUCUACUCAGCCCAACACCUCAAGCUGCAUGCUGUGAUGGGACUUCAAGAUGAAGAGUGGUUCAGAGCCAACAAAAUCAUUGGCUGUCCUCAUCCAUUUGUUCCCUCGGAUCACUUCCCCUUGUUUGCAGAAUUUUCAUUGCCAGUCCAGCGUCCAAGAUAAUAGCAGGCCCCACCCCCACGUCCAAGAUAAUAGCAGGCCCCACCCCCACGUCCAAGAUAAUAGCAGGCCCCACCCCCACGUCCAAGAUAAUAGCAGGCCCCACCCCCAUGUCCAAGAUAAUAGCAGGCCCCACCCCCACGUCCAACAUAAUAGCAGGCCCCACCCCCACGUCCAAGAUAAUAGCAGGCCCCACCCCCAUGUCCAAGAUAAUAGCAGGCCCCACCCCCACGUCCAAGA